GCAACAAAAGAAGAACUCACCUUGAAGAAGAACAAAAACAGAAGAACCAGGAACAACAAGAAGAGAUGAAGCUAGUUUGGUCUCCAGAGAGAGCUUCCAAGGCUUAUAUCGACACCGUCAAAUCAUGUGAACUUCACCAGAUUUCUAGUGUAGCAGAGCUUAUUUCAGCCAUGGCUGCUGGGUGGAACGGGAAUUUAAUAGUUGAGACGUGGUCACGGGGUGGUGUUAUCACAACUAGCAUUGGACUUGCAGUUGCAAGCCAUCACACCGGUGGAAGACAUAUAUGCAUAGUCCCAGAUGAAGAGUCGAGGUCAGAGUACAUUGAAGCCAUGGAAAAGGCAGGCAUGUCAUCGGAAGUUAUAGUUGGUGAGGCGGAGGAAGCCAUGAGAGGAUUAAUAGGUAUAGAUUUCUUGGUGGUGGAUUGCAGGCUCAAUGACUUCUCGAGAAUACUCAGGGUUGCAAAAUUAGGCCACAGAGGUGCAGUUUUGGUGUGCAAGAACGCUAAUUCAAAAACUGUUUCAAAUUUUAGAUGGCGUAGUGUUCUUGAUGGCGGAUCACGCCUUGUGCGUUCUGUGUUUCUACCUGUAGGGAAGGGACUGGAUAUCGCGCAUGUGGCGACUAGUGGGGGAAGCUCAGGUUCAGUCAAGAGUGAAAGCCGAUGGAUCAAACACAUCGAUCCACAAUCCGGAGAGGAGUAUGUUAUCCGGAGGUGAAUUCUCCUGUUCCUGUUACUGAGAGAUGGCUGAUCAAAUCAUAAGGUUAUUUAUUCAACAUGGAAGGCUCUUUACAGCAUCAUCACUAAUAGAUGUGAUAUACAAUUCUUUCUUUUUUUUUGGGACGUAAAUUAAACAAAUUUCAUUAAGUCGUUUGUUUUUCUGUUUUCAUUUCUCUUUAGAUGACUUCUAAGGAUAUGACUUGUACAGAUAACCUCUCAUGAAAAUGAAUCUGAAAAGCAUGUGAUUUUACUUA